GUUCAGGAAGAUAAGAUGACCUAGGACUGGCAUGGGUUGUGUAUAAACUCCAAGACCUCAUAAACGUGGCAUUUCGUAAUGGCUCGGCUGGUUAUAGCAUACGUCCUCUGGUUCUUCGGAGGAUGGGUCGGUCUGCAUCACUUUUAUCUCAAACGGGAUCGUCAUGCAUUUGUUUGGUGGUCGACUUUAGGUGGUCUUUUUGGACUUGGAUGGAUACGAGAUUUAUGGAAACUACCAGAGUAUGUCCAAGAAUGCAACCGAGAUGAAGAAUGGGAGAAGGAAUUUACCGAAAGAAGGAGCGUUAUUCGGAAACCCUCUCGGAGCACCAGCAGAUUUGCAGGGGAGAUAAUCAUGGGCAACAUCCUUGGCUACCUUGUCCGAGCCCUCCUACCUGAGCAGUACGUGGACAGCUCAAAGCUUGAUCUGGGCUUCAUCCUGGCUGUCUCCCUGCCACAACUCGGGGCUGGUAUAGGUGUUCAUCUGGUAGCAAACAUUGGCUGUCACAAAGGUUCCUGGAGUUGGGCUGCACUAGGGGCUUACAUUGGCACCCCCUGGUUAAUCCUCAACCCAGACAACGUGGCAGUAGCACCGCUCAUGUCGGCCAUCUUUGUCCAGUGGAAGGGUGCAUCAUGGAGGACUCAACCAGAGCCAAAACGAGGCUUUUUCCGACGUGUCAGCAAACUGACUUUCUAUGGCACCCUUUAUCUAGCCCUAUGGGGAUGUGCGAUAUAUUUUAACGGCUCUAUCACAACAAAAGAUGGAGAGGACAUCCCUCUAAGGGAGGCCAUUCCAAAUUUCUUUAAAUCUCCAGCUUGGGCUGAAACCAAAGACUCCAUGCAUCGACUGUACAAUUAUUAUCAAGCACAUGGCUGGAGGAAGAUCUGGGACGAAAUCAAGGAGACGUUCGAUCCUGUAGGAGAGCAAAAUGCAUAUAAGGUCCUCGGUGUCAGCUCAAGUGCUACUCAGGAGGAAAUAACCCAUGCCUACCGGAAAAUGUCACGUCAGUGGCACCCAGACAAGCAGAAAGAUCCCAAGAAGAAGGAAGAAGCUCAAGAAAAGUUUAUAGAGAUCCAGCAAGCCUAUGAUAUACUCUCCUCCAUCAAGUCCAGGAGAUCUGCCAAAAAUAAACAGUCAAGCAGGCCACAAAAAGAUGAAUUUUAGUCUUUUAAAUAGAUUUGUGUCAUAUUUGAUAUAAGUUUGCUGAAUAUUUCAAGAUACCUGUUUGUAUGGUUUUAUAUACUAGCCACAUAAAGAAACUGUGCAUUGUCAAAUAUUAUCCCACUUGAUAAGUACGAUAACAAUG